AUGGAAGGAGGCGACACACGGAACCGAGCCGACCCGGGCCAGCUGAGGCCGGGCCGAGGCACGAGAGACAGCAGCACCCAGACUGACAGUAAAGUACAAGGUCAUGGCCCCAGGUUAUCAGAGAUAAACCUGUUCACCUUGUUGAGUCUGUGGAUGGAGCUGUUUCCGCAGGAGCAAACUGAGGAGGAUGGCCACAGUCGGGUCCGUAGGAUGGGUCUUGUGGUGGUCCGGGACAGUAAGGUGGUGGGACUCCACUGCUCAGGGCCUGAACUCCACGCAGGACAAGCAGCCAUCAUCCAGCACGGCUCCUGCCUGAAUGACUGUCAGCUGUACUUCUCCAGGAGACCCUGCGCUACCUGCCUCAAGAUGAUCAUCAAUGCUGGAGUCAGUCAGAUCUCCUUCUGGCCCGGAGACCCCGAGGUCAGCAUGCUGAGGUCAUCCCCGACGAACCAGCCCAACUUUCGCUCCCACAGUCCGCCCGACAGCAUCACGGAGGACGCCGCGCUGGACGCCGUCGCAACCGAGAAGCUGAAGUCCAACAGCCGACCUCACAUCUGUGUGCUGCUGCAGCCGCUGCCUCCGGGCCUGGCGCAGUUCAUCAGCGAGACCUCCAGAGAGUGUGAUUUCAUGGAGAGAGUGACUGAUGAUGACCCAGGGCUGAGCACGCAGGAGCUCUUCAACAGAGAGCGGUUGCGACACUUGAAGCACUUGUCCAGGCAGUUCCUGGUUGAGAAGUCUCAGCAGCACCAGAGCAUUUUGACUCGAAUGGGUCUGGAGAACUUCUGCGUGGAGCCGUACUUCUCCAACCUCAGGGGCAACAUGAGAGAGCUGGUGGAGGUUCUGGCUGCGGUGGCUGCCGGGGUGCCGCAGACAGACUACGGCUUCUACAGGGAACAGCAUUCAACCGGCGCCAUCCCGGAGCCAUUCCCCGCCAAGUCUUUUCCCGCUCAUCAUGAAGGACUGUCCCAGGAGGAGGCUCGCCAUUGCAUCAUCCAAGCCAGGCUGCUGGCCUACAGAACAGAGGACCCUAAAGUGGGCGUGGGUGCUGUCAUCUGGGCCAAAGGACAGUCGGCUAGCAGCGAUAGAAGCGGGUGUCUGUAUCUGGUGGGCUGCGGGUACAACGCCUACCCAGCAGGCUCACAGUACGCCGAGUACCCCCAGAUGGACAACAAGCAAGAGGACCGACAGAGACGCAAAUACAGAUACAUCGUCCAUGCAGAGCAGAACGCCCUCACAUUCAGGACUCGAGACAUCAAACCAGGGGAGCCCACCAUGCUGUUCGUGACUAAAUGUCCGUGUGACGAGUGUGUCCCCCUGAUCAGAGGAGGAGGCGUCACGCACAUCUACACCACGGACCUGGACAGGGACAAGGACAAGGGGGACAUCUCUUACCUGAGGUUCAGCAGCCUGAAGAACAUCAACAAGUACAUAUCGAGGAAAGUAGAUACAGAUUUCUCUCGGAGGACUCUAACAUUUUUUUCUGUCUUCACAGUGGCAGAGGAGCCCUUCAGCUUGCUUGCCGUCCUCUCCUCACCACGCCAGUAA